AGCAAAUGUUGAGCUCAUGAGUCACGAUGCUUGCAACUUCCGGAAGAAGCCUUUUACUGGAGGGAGAAUUCCGCCCAAAAAUUGAAGCUUCCAUUCCCAAAUAUGAUCUCCAAGGGCAAUCAGUUGCUUUUGGCUUUCUACGAUGCAUUAUUAUGACGUUUGGUACGUUUGGGAGUAAAACCAAGGUGAUUCUAUAUCUGCGUGGUGAGGAGUUAAUAUUUGUGUUGAGUGUCAAAAACAGAGCUGCUAUGAUUAUAGGAUUGGGGAAGUCUGGGAUUGCAGCGGCUAAACUUGCUCUUGCUAGAGGUGCUUCAGUUCUCGCCCUUGACCAGAAUGAGACGUUGAAACCGCUGGAGCAAACUAUUUUCAAUGUUAAAGAUGGUCGUUUGAAGACAAUUCUUGGUUGUUUUGAUCAUGAGUUAUUUGACGAGGCUGAUCUCAUAGUUGUUUCCCAUGGAGUUGCUCUGGAAAAUUAUUGCCUAGCAUCUUUGUUGCAAUCUGGAAAGCGUGUGAUAUCUGAGUUGGAUUUUGCUGCUGAAGUUCUCCCUCAGUGCACAAAGGUUUUAGCUGUCACAGGAACUAAUGGAAAAUCUACUGUGGCCACUUUCGCCGGACAGAUGCUCAACCAUUCCAACAUCAGAACAUUUGUUGGGGGAAACCUUGGUAUUCCUCUCUCAGAAGCAGCUUUUGAGUGCUUGUUAUCACCUCAAGAACCUUACCAGGCUGCUGUAGUGGAAGUAAGCAGCUAUCAGCUUGAAAUUCCAAACAAGUUCUUCUCGCCUUCGGUUUCUGUGAUCUUAAAUCUCACUCCUGAUCACCUAGAGAGACACAAGUCUAUGACUAAUUAUUCCAUGAUCAAGUGCCGUGUACUUUCCCACAUGAGUGGCAGAAAGAUUGCCAUUCUUCCCAUGGGAAAUCCAUAUAUAACUGAUGCCAUUGCUAGUCAUGGAAAUGAAUAUAUGUUUGCCUGGAUUGGUGCUUAUCCUGGUAUUAAAGUUGACAUGGAGCAGAAAGUAGCCAACUUCAACGUCCCCGGAAUUGGGCUUCUCUCGCAGUUGCCAUUGAAUGCAAUGAAGGCUGUUGGAACACACAAUUACUACAAUGCUGCUAUUGCUGCAUUAUCUGUUAUUGGGUUGGACGUUGGAAUUGAUACUGCAGCCAUCAGUUUAACAAUUGAUAGAUUAAAAGCUCCACCUCAUAGAAUGCAAAUUGUUCAUGAAGAUGGUAAUGGAGUAACUUGGGUAGAUGAUAGCAAGGCAACCAAUGUCGAAGCAACAUAUGCUGGCUUGACUGGUCUCAAAGAAAAGAAGGCAGUGGUUUUGCUUGGUGGUCUUUCAAAGAUGUUGGACGCCCAAGGUUCUAAUGGUUUCGAGCAUCUGAUAGAGCCAUUGAAAAACCACCGAGGUGUUGUCACUGUAAGUGAUUCAUUUCUACUUCAACAUUCUCAUUUCACUGAAGCUGUCAAAAUCAUCUUCUCCGUAAAUCAUCAUUCGUGCCUGGCCUCGUACAUCUUCAUUGUUAUCAAGUUUGGUUCUUCAGGAGCACUGAUCCAAGACACUCUAUCGUCUCAUGGUCUAGCCAUUCCUUGUUUACAAGCAAAAGAUCUUAAGGGCGCUGUGAGCUUAGCAAAGAACAUGGCAAAACCUGGGGAUGUCAUAUUACUGAGUCCAGGUUGUGCUAGUUUUGAUGAGUUCAUAAAUUUUGAGCAUAGAGGAAACUUCUUUCAAGAGCUUGAUCUAUCCAUGGUGUAGUUGAGACCAUCGACUCGUUUGUUGACGCUAGGAUUUUAAGGGGGUGACGACUUUACCAAAGCAGCCCUAUAAAAUGCGCAGAUUCUCUGAGAAAGCUGUGCCCUCUUUAGCUGCAUAAUUUCCCGACAACACAUGCCCCAAGUGGAGACUAUUUACAUACAAGCCCUCCAAUAAUUCGUGCUUUUGCUAGCUUCCCUAAUUAAAUUAGCGACCGCAUCUACUACCGAUAUUUUUGUUUUUUUUUUCUCGACAAGAAUAACAUUUUCUAGGGCAGCCUCGCCCAUGAAUUAUGUAACAUCCAUUAUAAAAAUAUUUUUUUUUUCAUUUUAACUGGUCUUGUAAACUUUACUUCUAUUUUUGUUAAUAUAUUUUUCUGCAAUGA